CUUUGGGCCUACAAGGUUUUGAACAUGUGCCGCCCAGCAUCCAAAAGCUUGGAUGUGGGGAUUCUCCCGCGUGCUCAUAUUUGGAGUAAAAAGAACAUGGGAGAGAAGAAAGGAAGAGGCGAUCUGAACGGCUUCCGGAUAUACCUUGACGAGCUCCGACCUUCACAGAUUGAAUGGGAUCCUUGGAGAGUGGCAGGGCUAGAGCCCGAGUACCUAGCUAGGAGCAGGGUUGUGACAGCUAACAGGGUGUUGUUGGAGUCAGCCUUUGGCUAGCAGUGGUACUUGGGUGACCGGGUGACACACCAGUCCCUUGGCUAUUCUGAGUUCCAGGUGCCAGGGCCACUUCCACCGCUAGCCUCAGACACAGGGGAGUACACACUGGCUGAGCUGGAAAGGUUUACACGGCCUGACACCGAUCUGACAUGUCACUUAUGUCCCGAUAUGGACUAUGCGACAUACCAGAGGGAGCGUUUGGCAGGGCCGUUGAGAGUCCGGGACUUCAGAGAGGUCCAGAGUCAGGCUCAUGGAGCUGCUGAGGAGAGGAGAGCUGCAGGAGAGAAAGAGAAAGGUGGCAAAGGCCGUGUGAGACGAAGCCUGAGCGGACCAGUAAGAGGUGGGCCACCAGAGCUCCUGUGGAAGAUAGCCGUGGUAGAUUCUCAGGGCAAUCCGGCCGAACUGCACCUAGCUCCUGCCAGAGUUGAGCCCACGCCAAUUACUGUUCCAGUACCAACUGAGUGGGCGAAUGAAGCUGUUCGUCGCAUGCUUGCAUUGGAGAACAUAGUAAGAAGAACGGCAAGUGGUUUGCCAUUGGACUUGUGCUAUCUAACGCCAACUCCACCACCGGCGGCUCAGAGGUCUUAGGUGCAAGGACGGGCGGCUCCUAGGAGGAAGAGUGUUAGAGACCCUCCGCAAAAGAAGCUGGCAACGAGGACUCCCACUCCCCCAAUCACUACCAGGCGAGAGGCCCGGAGCCGACUGUCGCGAGGGAGGAGGUAGCCCGAGAGGUUGUGGCGCACGCAGAGGAGCGGUACCAAAUCAAGAUGCGCCAGAAACCCACACAAGACGAGCCGGUCCGCAAGAAGCGACUGAUCCUGCCUGAGCUCUCUGAGGAGGAGGACGAAGAAGAGGAAGAAGAAGGAGAAGAGGAAGAACAGGAAGAAGAGGGGGAAGAGGGGUCGUCUGACCACAGCGGCUCUGACGACACUACGAAAGACCCUGGGUACAAAUAGGACCCUAGAGAGAGAGACGACAACGGCGGCUGGCUUGGAGAGGACUGAGGACCACUACGAAGCCUCACCCUAUUUCUCGCACUUUUGACUUUUGCUUUCGGGCCUGCGUGCCCAAGUAGAUAGGUAGCAGAUGGUCCUAGCUGACAUUUGAUAGCCGUUUUAAGGCCUGUGUGCCUUUUGAUUUGCGGGCGGAUGUGCCGUAGGUAAACAUGAUGACUUGAUUGGCCGAUGCGCCACACAUGCAGUUGCUUUCUUCAUUUUGACAUGGAUAGAUCAUGGUUUAGCUAUAAAAUUUGCAUUUUCAUGGUUUA